AUGUUCAUGCGAAAAAACCGGUCUGUGCCUUCCGAGCCGCUGUGCGAGACUGAAGACUGUUUGCGUCACAGCUAUCGUCUUUUCGGCAAUUUAAACCGCAGUCUCGAUCCAUGCGACAACUUCAGCGCCUACGUCUGCUCUGCGUGGUCGCCUCCCCAGGGCUACCUCGAACACUCCAACUCGGCUAUGGAUGACGUACGCAAGUCGUGGUUCCCAAGAUUCAAUGACGUGCUACGUCAGGGGUCGAAGAUCAUUCGCGCCGGCCUCAAGCCACUAGCCAUGUACUCGUCUUGCAUGGGCGACCGCUCAGAGUACGGCUCUAACGUGGAGAUAUUCUGGAACUUUUUGAACGAAUGCAGGCUCACUUGGCCGGAAAAAUCGGAGCCAGGUAGCGCCUCUGCUCUCGAAGUACUGAUGACGCUGGCGCUCAAGUGGCAGGUCCCGCUCUUCUUUCAAGUGAGGGCACUGCGCUUAGAAUCUGCGCCAAACUGGCGGAUCACUAUGGAUCCUGGUUCCCUUAUACCCCUGAUGUACCAACAUCACCUCACGGUUAAACAUUCAGGGGGAUACGAUAAGUACUGGGCCACGUUCUACUUCAUCUUGAGCGGCAAGCACGACGGUUCUGCUGUAAACAAGACACUCAUAGACUCAGCACUAACGAUGGAAGGUGAUGUCUAUAGGAGACUCUUGACAAACAUGCGGCCGGCCGUCGUGCAUCCAGUGCUGGCGACAAUCGCCGACAUCGGAGCGCACACGCCGUUGGUGGACUCCGAGCAGUGGCUUCACGCCUUCAGGCAGUCCAAGCUCGAGCCUGAGGUGGAACAUAGCGACCAGGUUCUCUUAAGCGACGCGGGCUUUUUUCGGGCAUUCGCAGACGUGAUGGCAUCGUACAAAGACCCCGAACUGUUGUCUCUGAUAGCCUGGUCUUUCGUGCAGCUGUUUUCUCCCGCGGUGGACUACAGGCUCCUGGAGAACCGCUACGACCAGGGCGUCACGAUAUAUCGGCCGUACUUUUGCGAGCGAUUCGUGGAGACCCCUUACCGCUUCCUGGUGAUAGCGCUCGGCUCUGUGGCGCUCUUCACGCGAGAUGAGCGUUUGACCGUCAGCGCCUGCUUCGACAGCCUCGUCUCGGCCGCAGUGGACAUGCUGAACGCUUCGGAAUGGCUGGACGCCGAGAGCCGGCAGCUCGCCGCCGAGAAGCUGUCAUCCACGCGCCUCAAGCUGUGGCCCCCAGCGAAGCACCUGGAAAGCGAUGCGCUCGACAGCCUGUACAAAGAUUUUCCCAGCGCCGAGUCGUCCUUCGCGGAGUACUGGGUCAAGUCAAGCCGCUGCGCCGCUGACAUCUACCGUCCGCGCCCCGGCAUCGAUGUCUGGGGCUAUACAGUAAACUACGCAUUGCCGUAUCUAAUCUACGACGCGGCAAGCAACUCAGUGAAGGUGGCCGUCGGCGCUGUGACCAAGCCUCUUUACUACGCUGGCGGCACAAAAGCAAUGUUGUACGGCGGGCUGGGUUUUUCUAUGGCACUGCAACUGGUCGCCUCCUUGGACAGUCAAGGGAUCAGAUGGCAUCCCAACGGCACGUUCGGCGACUCUUUUCUAUCGCACGAUUCGGCGAAGGGCUUCGAAGAACGGGACGGCUGCCUGGCCAAGAGCCAGAGGUACGUCGGUGUAAACGCCGAGCACAACCAGAGCGGAACCGGAAAAAUAGCCAGCGUCUUCCCCGAGAUCCCCGCUGUCGAGGUGGCCUAUGCGGCUUACCGCCACUCGUUGAUCGAUGGUAAUGACGAAGUGCCGCGGGGCAUUCCUGGUGGUCUCUCGGGCGAUCAGGUGUUCUUCAUGACCUUGUGCUACAUGACGUGCACGUUGCCCGGAGCCGUCGGUCCGCAAACUGUGGACUGCAACAAGGCCGUGCGCAGUUCGGAGUCCUUUGCUCGGGCAUUCCGCUGCCCCCUGGGGUCGCCGAUGAACCCAAGGAGGAGGUGCACCAUUUUCACAUGA